GGGGGAUGACCUCUGCAAUGGACAAGGCUGCCCUCUCGACCUAUGAUGAUGCAGCCCUCGAGAACAAGAUCCUUCGAUCUUCGUUAGCUGCUUGUGUAGCCCUCGGGGAGCACGCUCAGAGACUCGAGCAAUGGCGGCUUCAGAAAGCGGAGCAGGAUCGGGAGAUGAAGGAGCUCAUCCUGAAGAACUCUGAUGUUGUGAAGCAGAUGGCCUUGCUGGAGGCAGAUCUCAGCAAGGCUGCCGAGGGCGCUGAGCUGAAGGCCAAGGCUGCCGUGGAGGAGGCCAGGCUUGAGGCCGAGAGGGCCGCUAAGAUAGCCGCCGAGGAGGCAGAGCUUGCCAAGGUCGAGGCCGUCGCCAAAGCCCGAGAGGAAGCUGUUUCCGCAUUCAUGGCCGAGGGCUGGAAAGCCGAAGAUAGGCAGUAGUGGGUGGUCUCGGUCGUGGAGUCAUCGGUAGAUGACUGGGUGAAGGGCCCCGGGGGGACUGGAUGGCGGAGAGGGGAGACAGUUAUUACCAAGGGGGUGAAUUCUUCACCCAACAUCUAGUGUACCGGAGGCUCGCCAGGCA